AUGGAUCAAUCUGUUGUUGAACCGUGGAGUGUAACUUCAUUAAAACCGCUACCACCCAUGAGGCCUUACGUAGCAUUGGGAAAAAAUUGUAAAAAUAAACAAAAUAUGUCGCCUAAAAAAUCAGUCGACGUGAAUUUCGAAGAUGACAUACAAAUUUUACGUGUUAUCGAAGCGUAUUGUUCGAGUGGGAAAACGAGGAGUGCAAGUAAUUCAGGUUCGUAA